UCUCUUAAAGAGCAUGUUCAUGUUAUAGGCCAGUUUUUCACCACACAGGAAGUCAUUUUAGGUUACUGCAGUGGGCUGCUUAACACGACAAUGAGACUUUGAGGUGUAUGUCGAGAGAAAGAAAAUAAACUUUUUACUUCUGGAACCACACAAACGCAACUGAAUAGAAAUUGUUGGACACCCACUGAUGCAGGUGUGUUUGUUGUACAAGUCUUCUGAAAAGCUGCAGUGAGAGAGAACAGCCAUGAGUCUGCUGUGAUAAUGUGUUGUAUGUUCAAAGGGUCUGACACGAGCGGUCUACUUCGAGUAUGGACGUAAAGAGCAAGAGACAUCGAGACUUAAAAGAUCGCUGCAGGACAGACAGGAAAGGAAAUCAAAGAUGCGGCAACUACAACAGCGUCGAGGAGCCUGAGUACGCUGUGGUGGAUGACCAGGAGGAAGUGCAGAUAUUUCCUGCGAGGCCUAUAUAUGAUGAGAGAGAGUACGCAGACAGGGAUCCUCCAAGGUCAUCAUCAGCUUCAGCACUCUUCCCCGGUAACUCCAACAUCCUCCGCAGAGAAACCCAUCUUACCUCAGGCCCUGCUAUAAACAGAGACCUGAAGCCAGGCAGAAGAAAGGCCAGAAUAAAUAAGAGGCCAGCACCCUUGCCGCCAGGAGACCAGCUGUCACCCAGUCUGUGUGCUUCCAGGUGCUCUUCAUCAACUCCACCGUUGACUGUAGAGUUAGUGAAUCACUUGCCUGGGCUGACUCUGCACGAACCCUGCAGGAGAGAUGGAAAGAGAACUACUAAGGCAGCAGAAUUCAGUCCACGUGCCAGAGGUCUACAGAAAACAGAAAGUUUUUCAUCCCUCCAUACCAAUCAAAGACGUUCUUUGGACUUGGAGACUCAUGAUAUAGAAAUAAGGUCACACAGAAGUCUUGAAAGGGUGCCAUCAAAACGUCAUCACCAUGAGUGGCCUCAGACUAAAGAAGAUAUUGACCAAAAUGACUUUGUUCCAAUGGAAAAGCCUCAACAGACCUACUGUGAAGAAGACUGGUAUGUUGGGGCAUGCAGUCGAGUGGAUGCUGAGCACGCCUUACACCUGGUGAACAAGGAUGGAGCAUUUUUGGUACGAGACUGCUCCAUGAACACCAACAGUGAACCCUUGGUGUUGGCUGUGUAUCACGACAAGAAGGUUUACAAUGUAAAAAUACGGUUCAUUGACAGCACGAGCAAGUACGUCCUGGGAACAAGACAACGAUCAAAUGAUAUGUUUGACUCUGUGGCAGACAUCGUCAAGUUUCACACCAUUUUCCCAAUAACACUCAUCAGUGGGAGAAAUAUGCCUGGAAGCAGAUACCCAGAAAACUGCGUGCUGACGUGUCCAAUAACGAAAAGGGAUGUUGACCAGCUGCUGAAAUAACACAUCCAGCAAAGAUGAUCAGUUAAAUCUCAUCUGGGUCAUCACAUCCUAUAAUGUCGCUAUCUAAAUUGUAAAAGCGUAUGAUUGUAUCAAUAAAAAAAAUGUGUUUCAACUA